AGAGGAUUUUAAGAACCAACAAUCCAGGUAUAUCAACGCUUCGGCUGAAUCCAACGACCCAUAUGUAAGUCCUAACUCCUUUGACUACGAGACCUCUAGGGAUGAUUUGUUUGGGGAGAUUGAAGUAGCUAUUGCCCUGAUAAGGGAAUCGUCAAACCGAACCCUAAGAAAGAAUCUGUAGCAGGGAAAAACAGAAACGUUGUCAAUGUAAUUGAAGAUCUGGAGCCAGAAGAAGUGGUGGACGUGGAAGAGAUUGAAGACAGCAAGGUUUAAUUGUGGAUGCUUAUUCUGAUGGGGAUGAUGCCACUGGGAUUUGACGAGGGAAUUGAUGAACGUGGUGGUAAAUCCGAUACUAGUGUGUAAAACCUGGGUGAGAUAGUAAUGCUGUUUUGCUUUCUUUAGCUGCUGCCUUUUAUAGGUAUCCCUUGAAAAUGUGGUUGUGAUUGGCAUAACUGGGACAAAUGGGAGGACAACCACUUCACAUUCCAUUAAAGCAAUGUGCAAUGCAAUGGGGUUCAAAACUGGAUGUUGAGUACAGUUUCUUAUUAUUUACAUGGCGAUACCAAAUUGGAAUCUCCUGACACAUCUCCAAAUUCUAUGGUGGUUCAGGACUUGAUGGCUAAGAUGUAUCAUAAUGGGGGAGAAGCUGUAGUGAUGGAGGCAUCUUCUUAUGGGACAGAGGCGUAGUUGUAGAUGUAUCAUAGUGGUUGUUGGGAUUGAUGUUGGGGGUCAAUUAGAACAUAUUGUAAGAGGGAUUGAAGAGAUUGAUGGAGUACCUGGUAGGUGUGAGCUAAUAUACGAGGAGCAGGUGUUUGGGGUGCUGGAUACUAAAGCUCUUUGUCUGAUUUGUAUUUAAGAGCCUCUAGUUCAUAGGUUUUAUGAGCUCUUUUGCACCAGCAAAACCUAACAGCUACCAUAUGAAGGUAGGGACGCGAAUUGUGGUGGAAAAGGAUGUAGAUCACAGUUUUGUAGGAAAAUAUGUUGUGUG